UUUUUUUUUGGAUCUAAAUCACUACAUAAAGCUAUAAAAACCUUUUUCUCUCGGGUGCAUGAAAAAUGCCAACAACAGCUUCACGUUUAGAUACAGCGGCGAUAAUUACGUUAAACAUCAUUCCAGACAGUGAUACUAUUCAUACUUUCAGUAACGAUGACUCAACAUUACCAAACGAGUCUUACAUUUUGACAGGGAAAGUAGAAGUUAGUUUGGCUCGAAGUAUUCAAAUUCGACAGCUAUCAAUUAAGUUUAAAGGCACCGUCGACAGCGUUAUAACUGGUACCGAUUUUUUUAAUGAACAUUAUCGUCAUAACAAAUACAGAGAUGAGAUUCCAAUAGCGAAAUGGGAUACAGUAGGCGUCAACAAUAGCUUUGUCAAUAAGUUCGCAAGAAAGGCUUUGGGGCAUGGGAAUGCUACUUUGACCGUUAUCAACGAGCAACUUGACCUUUUUACACAACCCCAGGUGUUAAGAGUAGGCACAACAGUGUAUCCCUUCUCAUUGAAUAUCAAAAACGUACAUCUUCUACCGCCGUCUUUAUUAUCACCACACCAUAUUAUAAAAUAUAUUCUCUCUGCUCGUAUAAGGCUGAAUUCAAUAGGAGAGCGAGUAAAAUUAUCCUAUUGGAACGCACGCUCAACAUUUGUGAGCAAUAGUAACCAUGUUAAUACCAGUUCUGUGUCAUCAUACUCGUCAACCAAUCCCAUAGUCGCACAGCUUCAUUAUUUUUCUUAUUCAGCGAAUAUGGGAAGUAGAUCGCUUGCAUCCUGCGAAGAAGAUUUCCAGGUCGAUAAUUAUGGGGCGGCAGCAUCCGCUUGUCCAACAACUCCUUCAACCAUACCUAUAUCAAAAUGGAAUCAAUUGCAAGAAACGAGCAUUAAGUACAAACGGCAAUUACUCGGUGUUUCGACACCCAUUCAAUUAUGCCGACAUUCCUAUCCUAAUAUCUACUCCUUAUCAACUUCAGUCGCGCAAAUAAGAUACCGUGGUGCAAGAGAAGGCCGUAUCACUUACGAGAUAUGUAUGUCAAAAUUCACCUGUCUGCAAAAAAGGUCGUUUCCGUUCAUUUGCAAGUUUAACUCAUUAUGUGAAGAGUCUAAGAUUGAGUACAUGGAAUAUUAUUUGGAGCAGACAGAAUCUUAUCCAAUCAGAACAUGCAAUUUUGGUUUGAAUGAGGGAUCCUUCUCUAUCUCAACUGUACCUAGGCGUCGUAAACUUUGCCGUACUAAACAUAAUAUGAUGAACUAUCAAAACAACAAUGAAUUGAAGCUAUAUCUGAGAAUAGAUUUGCCACAUAUAUCACCCAACGUUGAUACACGAAUACUGCAGAUAACCCAUAGAUUACGUUUAAUUCUGACCUUCAAAGAUAGCAAAAUAGAAAGGAAUAUGUCAUUAAGUUUUCCUUUGGUUGUUGGAACUGUCCCUGUUUAUGUUAAUAGCAGCAGUGGAGGAGCAGCCUCACCAGAUCAACACCUAUUGUCGUGGCCUACUACAAUAUUUGACUAUCGUGAACUUAACGGUAGUGGAGGGACACAUAGAAGACGAGAGUUAGAUGAAUGGCUUUUGACGCCAACAGAUCAAAACUACAGCUUUAAUGACACUGAUAAUGACUGGAAUAAAUUGCCAAGCUAUCCUGAUGUUCUAAAAGAAGGCAACCCUCCUUCUCCUUUUCUUGAGGAUAUUAUUUAAAGCAACAGGUAACAGAAAUACCUUACGUAGAACAACUGCUAUAAUUUUCUC